UUGCGGUGCUCCGCUGCCGGCGUCACGUUCUUUAACCUUUUCCAGGCAUGUGUAUGGAGGAACAUGGCGAUACCGUGGAGACACUGUUGGAGGUGGACUACAGGCGCCACAAGUACGAGUUUACUAGAAACCAUAUGCUGUUUUAAUGGAAGUUAUGCUACCUCGUUGCUCCGAGGAACUGGAACCGUCGCUGGCUCGGGAAAUGAGGGACUGUCCUCAAGGACUGUACACACAACCUCACUAGGCAACUCUAUUCUGACAAGGCACAAAUCAAGGUUGCUUUACCCCACACCGAAGCCUUGUUACUGCAAAAGGAUACACAGCGAUGCUAAGUUGAAGGACCCCUUCACUCUAGCCCAAAAAGACUUGAAUAAUUUGUAUGAUGAUAUCAAGAAGGAACUUUUUGUGUCCAAAUCAGAGUUGAAGUCCUUAUGUGACUACUAUUUUGACGGGAAGGGCAAGGCUUUCCGACCCAUGAUAGUGGUGCUAAUGGCCCGGGCCUGCAAUAGUCACAGCAACCGAGACGGAGAUCUGCUCCCAGGUCAGCGAUCCAUAGCUAUGAUCUCUGAGAUGAUCCACACUGCCAGCCUGGUCCACGAUGACGUCAUCGACGGCUCGGACAAGCGGAGGGGGAAGACCACUAUCAACGAAGUGUGGGGCGAGAGAAAGGCCAUUUUAGCUGGAGACUUCAUCCUCUCGGCAGCCUCCAUGGCUCUGGCCCGUAUCGGCAACAACACAGUGGUGUCAGUCCUGUCUCAGGUCAUGGAGGAUCUGGUGCGAGGUGAAUUCAUGCAGCUGGGCUCCAAUGAGAAGGAGAGAUUCAAACACUACCUGGACAAGACGUUUAGGAAGACUGCCAGUCUUAUCGCCAACAGUUGUAAAGCUGUAUCCAUUCUAGUGAACUCCGAUCCAGAGGUUCAUGAAAUAGCCUUCCAGUACGGGAGGAACGUAGGCAUCGCCUUCCAGCUGGUGGAUGAUGUGCUUGACUACACAGCGUGUGCCAGCCAACUAGGAAAGCCUUCAGCUACAGACCUCAAGCUGGGUCUGGCCACCGGACCCGUCCUGUUUGCCUGCCAACAGUUUCCUGAGCUGCAUGGUAUGAUCAUGAGGCGGUUCAGCUCCAGUGGAGAUGUCGCUCGUGCCUGGCAGUAUGUCCAGGAGAGUGAGGGUGUGGAUCAGACCAACUACCUGGCCCAGCACUACUGCCAAGAGGCUAUCCGGCAGAUCAGCUUGCUCAGGCCCUCUCUGGAGCGGGACGCCCUUAUCAGGCUCACCCAGAUGGUCCUUACCCGUGACAAGUGAGCCUCCACUCGUCACUUCAGGCAGCUACUUGUACCUGUGGAAGGCCACCCCAUUGGGGGGGAGGGGGGGGUUCAUCAGUGAUAUUCCCAGUGGGUCCUGAUGGAGCACGGUUUAUUCCGUUUAUUUUACUGAACUGAGAUAAAGGUGGAACUAAACUGUGCAUACACAGGUUCUUCAGGACUGACUUCUGAGAUGCACUGCUUCACAUGACCUAUAUCUUCCUUUCCUCUGGGGAAAACACUGAAGGGCUCACAGAACAAAGAAUGUGUUAUUGACGCCAGGGGGUUUUCAAUGCCGGUCCUGCGGGGACCCCCCCCCGCCUCGCCUGAAAAAAGGUUUCUGAACCAACCCCCCCACCUAUUCUUCAAUUGGACUUCAAAGCCAUAAAAUGGCAUGUCAGUGAGGAUUUGACACAGACCCUCCAAGAUCAUUGUUAAAAUAAUAAAAAACAAAUCACUGAAUUAUCAAAUGGUCAUUGUAUACAGUACUGUAACUGCAGCCCCCCCACCCACCUUGGACUGGCAGAUUGUAUUUGGGCAUCAAAGACAGGUGACAUUGCUCUUUUAAGGUUUGGGACGGAAUGGCCACUGCAGAAUAAUUCUAAUUCCAUGAUGUAGUAUCAUUGUGAUAUAGAUGUGUGUGUUAAGACAUUGCUCGAAGAUCCGUCCGUACCGCACAAAUGCCAAACUUUUGUCAUGGUGACUCGUACCAAUUAGAGAAUGUUAUUAUAUUGUAGAUGCUUCCUGUAUCAAGUGCUUCCUGUAGGUAGCUUCCUGUAUCAAGUGCUUGAUAACAAUCAAGGCCUUAACAUCCACAAUCACUGUACUCAAAUUAAAUCACGUUUAUUUUUUUGGAAGUCAAGUCUCUACCCUUUGUUUUCAUUCUCAAUCACCACACCACUGGGUUGUAUGUAGGAGAAUGGUUUAUUAUAAAAGGCUGUACAUACAAACAUUACGGGCAGAGCUUUGAUAUUGCUACCCAUUGAGUUGGAACACUUGUAUAUGUUGACUAUAACAAGGCAUUAGCUGCUAUAUCCUGAAAUGGAAAAGGGGGUUAAACGCAGUUUACUUCCAUGUUGAUGGACAGGAAAGACGGAUCACAUGUUGAUGGACAGGAAAGACGGAUCACGUAGGAACUGUUGCAGAAAGGCUGCCGUGUUAACCUUUUUCAACCAAUGAAAACACCAACCUGAAUUGUCAUCGAUGGAUCGAUAGUCAAAUGUAAUUCCUAAGAGAUGGGGGGGAGGGAGCCUACAGCCAUAGAUGAGUAUGGACAAAGUGGUUGGGGUCAAUUUGGAACGAUAGAAGAACAACUUAACUAGACCUGAGUUAUAAAACCAAACCAUUACGUGUUAAAAACUAUGACCGUUCUAAAACGAUGUGAUCUAGGUUUUUUUCUCUUUUGAUCCAUGUGAAGACUGAGGUAUAUGAGAUGUCAUAUUGGUCACCAGUAUCACAGAAUAGUCAUAUGGCAGCUUUUUAA